ACAUUAAAGUAAAAUUUACUUGGUAUAACUACCCCUAAGACUUAUUUAUGGAUAAUAUCUAACCUUUUUAAUAUUUAUGAUCCAUAAAUAUAUUUUUCAAAUUUUACACUUCAUAGCUACCCCACUUUUUUACUAAAUAACCGUGCAGCACCAUAUCCCUGUUUAGGCGCAUAGUUCCCAAAUAUACUCUAUCUCUCUCCCUAAAUACACGCAAUUAACUCCUAAUUCCCCCCAUUUCUUCCAUAAUUCAAACCAGUUUCUUUCACUUCUUUAAUUAUCAAUUCCGUUUUUCACUCUCACAUAACUCCACAUUAUUUUUACUGUUUCUAAGUAAAACAUUUACCAAAAAUAGGUAAGCUUUUUUUCGAUUUUGAUUUUGUAUACUGUAUUUCAGUAUAUUUUUUGGCAAGAUGCAUGUUGUUUGCUGUUUUUUUUUAUUUUUUGUAAAAUUCUCUGUUGCUUUAAUUUCAUCAUUCUCAGAUAUACAAAUCAUUCAUUCUUAGUGUUGUUUUUCCUCAAGAUUCACAGAUUCGAUUUCAAUGGCUGAAAUCGGCUCUCCGGGCACGAGAACUCGAGGUAUAGAAAAUAUAAUAGAUGGUCCUAGUGUCUCUUUGGGAUUUACUCAACAAGAAAACCCCAUUGCAGGAGGGUCAUCUUAUGCUGAGACGUGUAGCAAAAAAAUCAAUGAUCCAAGAAGGAUGAAACAACAUCAUGAUUCUCAUGAUGAUAAAGAAACAAAGAGGAAACAGUCAGCACUAGAUAAAAAAGUUUCUCAAGUGCCGCUACAGAAGAAGAGAAAGGUUACCAAGACUGUUCCUGGAGGCAAGGGCAAAAAAGUAGUUCGGAAAAAACCUUCAAUUGAUGUAGAAGACGAUGGAGAGGAUUCUAGAUUUUUGGUCACGAAGCAGCCUGCUGUGGCCCCAUCUAUGCAAAGAUACACGAACGUCAAUGUAAUCAGUGACAUUAGGGGUAAACUAACAGGGGUUGGUCAGAUGGACAAGUUUGCAGACUCUAUUUUUGGGAAAUAUCUCAGAAUGCAGCAUAUGGAUGUACAAGCAUAAUUGUUUAGGUGCUUCAUGGUUAAAGAGCUUAAGGGAAGUACAUACGAGUGCUUUACAUUUGAAAUAAAUGGAAAAGUAUUGCAUUUUAGCAUUAGAGAAUUUGCACUAAUCACUGGAUUGAAUUGUGUAUCCGAUGCAAAUGAGUUUGUAUACG